AUGAGUUCACGUGAUUCUCAUUCGGUGCAGCAAGCACGUGGCGUAGUGGAGCAGUUACGUCGUGAGCGUAACAUACGUCGUAGUGCAAUCUCCCAGACAGCCAACGACUUGAUACGGUACACUCAAGAAUGCGAGAAGGAUGAUGUUUUGUUGGGUGGUUUUCCGAGUGACAAGAUGAACCCAUAUCGCUCAAAAGCAACAAUCCAGUGCUUAUUGCUAUAA